AUGAAUCAGGAUGCUAAACAAUUGCUAUUCUGCAUGGAUUUCAGAUAUAUUACUGAUGUGCUAACAGACGAAGCAGCUUAUGUUUAUGGAUUCCAGUUUAUUGCUUCAUUAAUCAUUCAGAAGUUAUCUAUAUCUUGUUCCAAAUACACAUCUACAUUCAAAGUAAAGGUGGGUGCAGAUCUGCAGGAUGAUAUUUGCAGAUGCAAAUUUAUACAAGAAAUUAUUGGCCCAGACAAAAUAAUGAUGCUGGAUGCAAACCAACAAUGGGAAAUAAAGGAAGCAAUACAGCAGGUCAAAACAGCUGAAUUUAAACCCUUGUGGAUUAAGAAGCCAACUUUUCCAGAUGAGGAUAUGCAUGUCCAGACGGGACCUGCAAUCAUUUCAAAAGCCUUAGCACUGCUAGGAAUUGAUGUGGCAACCAGAGAACUUUGCCACAACAGAGUGAUAUUUAAACAGCUUCUGCAAGCUAAGGCCUUGAGUUAUAUCCAAAUUGACAGCUGCAGGCUUGGAAGUGUGAACAAAAACUUGUCUGUGCUGCUGAUAGCCAAAAAGUUCCAGAAAUGGACUAUGUGA